AUGCCCGACACGUUCCCCCGCUUGCCGCCAUCCGGCAUCAAGGUCAUCGUCGUCGGCGCGGGCUUCGCCGGCCUGGCCGCGGCCAUAGAGUGCGACCGCAAGGGCCACUCAGUGACGCUCUUCGAGAAAGUCACCGACAUAGACGACAUCAUGCGCAUCGGCGACAUCAUCAGCUUCGACCCCAACGGCUCCAAGGCCUUCGAGCGCUGGCCAGGCGUCGUCGACGCCAUGGAGGCCAUCGCCCGCCAGACCUCCUGGCUCGACCUGUACCACCACCAGGGCAGGUUCGUCACGCGCCAGUCGUUUGCCCACGAGAAGGCCUGGGGCCGGAGGAUUAACGGGCAUCGGGGCCAGCUGCACAACAUCAUCUAUCACCAUGCAGUGGACAGGGGGAUUGAUAUCCGGCUUGGGUGUAGAGUUGAGGAUUACUUUGAGACCGACUACCCUCCGCAGGCUGGCGUCGUGGUCAACGGGGAGCGGGUGGCGGCUGAUGUGGUAAUCGCUGCAGAAGGGGUGCGGUCGCGCGGGAGGAGAAUUGUGCUUGGCUUUGAUGAAAACCCAAAGUCGUCCGGCUACGCCGUGUACCGGGCCUGGUUCCCGGCAGACCGCAUCAGGGACAACCCCGUGAUCCGGCAUCUGGUGGCAAACGGCGACACGCACCAGGGUUUCAUUGGGCCCGAUAUUCACUUCCUCACGUCGAGCAUAAAGAACGGCACCGAGGUAAACUGGGUGUUUACACACAUCGAUGACGGGAACAUCGAGGAGAGCUGGCAGUUCCCGGGCAAGCCAGAGGAGGCGCUAAAGUACCUCGAGGGCUGGUGUCCUGUCGUGCAGGAACUUGUCAAGGCCACGCCCAACGGACGGCUGAUCGACCACAAGCUUGUGUAUCGCGACCCGUUGCCGACCUUCAUCUCACCCAAAGCUCGCAUCUGCCUGAUAGGGGACUCGGCGCAUCCGUUCCUGCCAACAUCCAUUCAGGGGGCCAGCCAGUCGAUCGAGGACGGUGUGGUGUUGGCGACGUGCUUGGAGCUGAGCGGGAGGAAGGACAUUCCAACGGCACUGCGGGCGUACGAAAAGCUGCGGUACGAACGGGUGCACCGCGCUCAGGCUAUGGGGCCGCAGACGAGGGAGCGGUGGCACAAAGCCGACUGGAACAAGGUGUGGAAGAACCCCGAGAUGAUCCACCUGGUCAGGGAGCCGUGGCUGCUCAACUUCGAUGCCGAGAGGGACGCCUAUGAGCGGUACGGGCAGGUCGUUGCCGAGCUGGAGCGGGUGGAGGCGCGGUUGUAG